AUGGAUGUAUAUCCUCGUAUCUCCGAUAUGAGCUAUAGAGAGCUCCAGCGGGCAUGCAAGGACGCUGGCUUGCCUGCCAUUGGAAAAACUGCGGUGCUACAGAAGCACUUGGACGACUACAGGAAGAAUCCGCGAAAGGCACUAAAAAGGUUGGCUGCUUCAAAGGAGAAGAACAAGACAGGAUUCAUUGACUGGGAAAACAGCGCAGCAAAAGAGAUACUUUUAAAGGACCUGGAACCAGAAGGGCGGCUUUAUGGUAACAGCUUAGAAGCAAAAGACGUAUUUGAUGACUACACAGAAAGAUACAAGUAUAUUUUUUGUGACGUGCCUUUCUCGCAGUUUAAAGCAAAAUAUAAUGAGACUAUCAAGAAAGCUGAAGCUGCCCAAAGGAGAGCAAGAUCAGCCCAGGAAGAAGCAUGGAUGAAACACGACAGUCGCCUUUACCCACGUCAAACGCACAACCAUAGAGGUGAGCCUAUAUUUGACGUGGAUAUCGAGGCUAAGGAGACACUUCAUUAUGACAUCAAACAUGAGCUCCACAAAAGAAUGACACCCAAGGAGCUCUGGCAGUAUAGGGAGGUGUACUCAAAGUAUAAGUUGGACACAUUUCGACAGCGCAUUUAUCAGUACCAAAAACAAGUCAAGUGUUUGAACAAGCCCGAGAAGAAACCAAAGGAAAAGGAUGAGUUUGCCGCCAAGAGGACUCCGAAGGAACGAAACCAAAAGGAUGAGCUUGCCGCAAAGAGGACUCCAAAGGAACGAAAGGAAAGAGAUGAGCUUGCCGCAAAGAGGACUCAGAAGGAAGUCACUUCCUCAAAGAUGAAAGAGGGAAACAGGCAGCGCAAACAGUCAAGGAGCAAGAAACGCCACGGCGGGCCAAUCCACCUCGGCUAA